AUGCCAGCGAUAACCGCGCGAUGCUGGGAGGGGGCCAUCAUGCUGGCGACCAUCAUGCUGGCGACCAUCGUGCUGGCGACCAUCAUGCUGGCGACCAUCAUGCUGGCGACCAUCGUGCUGGCGACCAUCGUGCUCGCCUCCUCCUCCUCCUGCGCGGGCGAGGACGCGGCGAGUUGGGGGCGCAAGCUGCUGGAAGCGAGCGGCGGUGACCUGGACGUGGGUGGCGAGGAGGAGGAGGUGGGGGAGGCGACGGACGACGGGCUGGACGAGGCGGUGCGGGUGCUGCUGAGCUGGAAGAAGAUCAAGAACGCGGCGAAUCAGGCGGCGAAGAGCGAGGCGGGGCAGAAGGCGGGAGGGUUGGUGAAGAAUGUGGUGAAGAAGGGCGGCAAGGAGGCGCUCACGGCUGCAGUCAACGCGUUCCGCAGCGGCAAGGGCGCCAAGGGUGCCCUGCAGGCGGGCGCUGGCUCGUUCGUCAAGACCGCGAAAACGAUGAUCUAA